GGAGUGCGGCUAGGGUUUCUCCCACUCACAGUCCCCUCUUCUCUUUCUCCAACCCCUCGCCGCCGCCGCAGCCAAAACCCCUCCUCCCCUCUCCUCAUCUCGUAUUCGAAUGGCAUCCCUGUCCAUCCGGCGAAGCUGCUAGUUCGUUCGUCUAAUUUCCCCCCGAAUAACUUGUUCAUCUACCACAACCCCGCAUCUCCGGCACCGCCGACAUGUCGACCCUUAAUCCGUUUGACAUCCUCGGGGCCGACGACAACGACGACCCCUCGCAGCUGCUCGCUGCGGCGGCAGCGGCAGCGCAGAAGGCCGAGGCGAAGAAGCCGGCGGCGGUGCCUGCUGGAAAGGCGGCUCCCGCGGCUGCCAAGUUGCCGACUAAGCCUGCUCCCCCGGCACAGUCUGUGAGGGAUGCAAGGAGCGGUGGUGCGCCAUCGCGUGGAGGAUUUGGCCGUGGUGAACCUGGCCGCGGUAGAGGCGGGAGGGGAUAUGGCCAGAACCGUGACUUUGGUGGCGAGAACAUGAAUGGCUACCAGGGAGGGUACGGUGGUGCAGGUUUUGGAGAUGGCGCUGUAUCUGGUGGUGGAGAUGGGGACAGGGAGAGAGGCCCCCGCCCCCCAUUCCGUGGAGGUGGAGGUAGGCGCGGUGGCUACCGAAACGGUGAGUAUGGUGAUGACUCAGAGAGGCCACCUCGGAGAAAUUAUGAGCGCCACAGUGGUACUGGCCGAGGCUUUGGGAUGAAACGUGAUGGUGCAGGCCGUGGGAACUGGGGGUCUUCCACUGAUGAAGGUCUCGCACAGGAAACUGAUGAAGCUCUUAAGAUUGAGGACAAUGCUCCCAUUGCCGAGAAGCAGGAUGAGCAUGAUGAUCCUCCAACAACAGAGGAGAACAAAGAUAACAAAGAUGUUGCUGCAAAGGAGGAGGAAGAGAAUGAAGAGGAUAAGGAGAUGACUCUAGAGGAGUUUGAGAAAAUAAGGGAGGAGAAGCGGAAAGCACUACUUGCACUGAAGACUGAAGAAAGAAAGGUUGAACUUGAUAAGGACCUGCAGUCUCUGCAGCCACUCUCUACGAAGAAAGCCAAUGAUGAAAUUUUCAUCAAAUUGGGUUCUGACAAGGAUAAGAAGAAGGAAAGUGCUGAGCGCGACGAGCGUGCCAAGAAGUCGGUGAGCAUCAACGAGUUCCUGAAGCCUGCUGAAGGAGAACGGUACUAUGGCGGCCGUGGUCGUGGAAGGGGCGGCCGCGGGGAUCGUGGCGGGUUCAGAGGCGGAUAUGGCGGGGGCGGAUACCAGCGUGGACCAGCUGCCCCAUCCAUCCAGGAUCAAGCGGAGUUCCCGACCUUGGGAGGAAAGUGAAGGUCGCAUGCUGUCUUCUGAACCGCAUUGUCUUUACCGGUGGUGUCGCCUUUAAAUUUUGCCCGACGUUGAAUUAUUGUGUCACGGUUAAUCGGAACCAAUAAUGGUUUGUUGCAUGUGCCUUUCUUUCACCGUGUGUUACUCGACUUUGUAUACCGGAGUUGAUUGUCGGAAUUAGCCUCUAGUUUUGUAGGCUUUGUCUUAAUUUUUGGGUUAAAAGCGUAAUUUCUUGCA